UUCGCACCACCGGUACACCGAGUAGUUGAGACAGGAACCGCAGAAGGCACAGUUACCAAGUCAGGACGUGAGCACCGAGAGCUCCAGCCAACAUCCACCUGGCCUCUACCGGCAUAGAGGCAAAGGCCAAGGCCGUUCAGAGAACACGUUGCCACGUGCUAUCCUAGCGCCGUGGUUGCCCAGUUUGCCCUGGUUCCUGCAGUUCAUAGCGCAGCUGGCGCGCCAAGGGUUACCGUUACCACUCCUUCCUCAAGCUGUCAGCAUGUCUUCCCUCAAGGACAAAGUUGUCCUGGUCACUGGAGCGAGCUCGGGCAUUGGCGCAGGGACAGCACUCCACCUGGCCAAGUUAGGUUGUCGACUUGCAUUAACAGGACGGAAUGAAGAAAACUUGAAAGCUGUUGUGCAGCAAUGUGAGGACGCCGGUUUGGCUAAAGACAAGAUUUUUACUGUGUUUGGAUCAGUGGAGGACCAAUCAAGCUGUGAACGUAUUGUUCAGGAGACAGUGAAGUAUUUUGGGCAGUUGGAUGUUUUGAUUAACAAUGCUGGUAUUUUAGUGGGAGGGAGCAUUGAAACUUUGACAGUAGAAGACUUUGACAGACAAAUGAAUGUCAAUGUUCGCUCUGUGUUUAUCCUCACCAAACUGGCUUUGCCUCAUUUGAAAAAGACAAAAGGCUCCAUUGUUAAUGUUUCAAGUGUGGCAGGUGUGAGAUCGUUUCAAAAUGUAGCUGCAUAUGCAACAAGCAAAGCAGCUGUGGACCAUCUGACACGAUGUACAGCUUUGGAUUCUGCUCAAUACGGGGUGAGAAUAAAUGCAGUCAAUCCAGGGGUGAUUGUAACAGACAUCCACAAACGAGCCGGCAUGUCAGAUAAGGAGUAUGCUGAGUUCAUUGAGAGAGCUUCUAGUACUCAUCCAUUGGGUCGACCAGGACAAGUUGAAGAGGUGGCUAAGGCCAUAGCAUUCCUUGCUUCAGAUGAAUCUUCCUUCACAACUGGGGAGACUCUUACAGUUGAUGGUGGUCGCCAUACAGUAUGUUCUCGAUAGAUUGUAACUCACAAAUCCCACUGUUCAUCAUUUUAAAAAUAUUAAAAAAUAAUGAGAACUUUCAUUUCUUAAAUUAAAAA